AUGAGCAUCGACCAGCCAAAGUCACCUUCUCAUCUAGAAGAUGAGAACAUGUGUUCUCCAGAGUCCCUGCCGAGCGACUCCCCCAUGGCAUUUGGGCGACGCCCGGUGUUAAUCGCCAGUGUUUCUUUGUCUUGUGUUGCUGCUCUGGGCGGCGGGUUUGCAAAUACCUAUGGGACUCUCAUGACUGCACGUGUCUUUCAGUCAUUUGGUGUGUCGACUGGCUUCAUUCUGCCAGGUGUAAUUACAGUGGAUCUAUUCAAAGCCGAGGAGCGCGGGCGCAAGAAUGGUAUAUGGACGCAAAUGAUAUCAAUUGGUGCACCUCUGGGCGGUGUAAUAGGAGGACCCGUCGUAUAUUAUGUUGGUUGGAAAUGGGUGUUGUGGCUCACUGCAAUCAUGAAUGCGGUCCAGACCAUAGGGUUUGUUCUAACCUGCCCCGAGACUUCGCAUUUGCAUCGACAGAAUGGGCGUGGCCAUUUCCGUCUGUGGGAUGUCUUAGAGCCAUUCUUAGUCCUUCAAGCGCCGCAUAUCGUCUUGAUCGCUUUCGCGUAUGGUGUUUCUUUUGCCAUCGUUUCGGUCGGUCUUGCGACCAUCGUGCCUAUUGCCCUGGGAGAAAUCUAUGAGUUCAGUGCAGUCUCCCAAGGGCUUUUCUUCUUGGGGCCUUUGAUUGGUGCACUGAUUGGUGAGCAAUUGGCAGGUCCAGCAAGUGACUGGAUCAUGAAUCGCGGACGUCAAAAUUUUGAGUCAGGGGCAUCGAAACCGACGGGCUUGGAGCGUCGGCUUCUGGUCGGAAUGCCAGGGUUUGUGUUCGCAGUCGCAGGCAUAUUGAUAUUUGGUCUUACGCUGCAAAACAAAACACAUUGGAUGGGACCUUGCAUGGGAUUUGCCAUCGCAACCUUUGGGUUGCAGGUGAUCACGACUCCCUUGAAAACAUACUGUGUUGACUGUCUCCCGGCGCAGUCAGGGUCAGUUCUUCAACUUAUAAACGCCGUUCGCCAAAUUGUCUCAUUUACUGUCCCAUUCUGGAGCCCUAAUUUGACUGCCAAACUUGGUAAUGGUCUGGGUUAUGGUGUUGAAGCUAUUAUCUUGGCCUUCUUCUCCAUGGGCUUCUUGAUGGUGCUAUGGAGAGGUGCCAGUUGGAGAAACAGCAUACCAGUUAAGGGGUUGAGAGAUUGA